CUCACCAGCCUGCCCUUUUUUUUUUCUUUAUUUCUUGAGCUGGGUUGGGCAGACUUCUUGGUUGAGGAGCUGGAUUUCCCUACUCUUCUGUACCUAUUUAAUUCUCUGUUAUACUUUUUUUUUUCUUCUUCAUGUCACUCCUUUUCUUGCGGUUGGCCUUAAUAGUUAGCGGGUGACGCUUGCUUCAUUUCCUUGACUCUUAGCGCAGCGCAUUCACAAGGCAAUCGAAACGGCAAUCGCGCGUGUGUUCCCAGGAGAUAUAUCAUAUGCUCCUCCACCCCAUUCUGAACCUGGGAGCUGUUAUCUCUAUGGUGCUGUGCCGACAGUGUGUUUGUGCUCCAGCAUCUGCGGUCAAAACCCCUCUCUGAUUGCCUCUUUUUAAUAAAAAAGAACCGCCUUCCAAAGUGACGCUACGAAAGACAGUGGUGUCCACCGGACAUCCUAACAUGGCUGCAGAAAACAAGCGCCAUGCUAGUGGUGCGAAGGGCCCGGGUGGUGCCACGACGCCCAAUCCGGGGCCUUCGGGGACUGUGAGCUUGGAGGUGGCGCUCAGUGGAGCUAUUGGAGCUCGCAUCCGAGUCACCACGGCCGCGCCAACCUCUGCCACUCUUGAGGGAACUCUCUUCACUGCUUGCCCUAUUACAAACUUGAUUGCAAUUAAUACAUCCCCCUUGCCACCAACUCCGAUUGCCGCGGGAACUCCAGCACUUGCGCAGCCCGGUGACUUUCACAUUAUCCCGGUGGCCCGCAUUCAGAGCUUCCAACUCCUCUCCCUACCCUCACAGUCUCCCGCAGCUGCCCCAAAUCUGGAUGGUUCCGCUCCAUUUACUGAUGCGUAUCCGACCAUCUAUCCUCUGGACAUCAAGUCUCUCCGAAACCGUGAAGCGGCCGCGGUUGCCAAGCUCCAAGAACGGGAGCAGCGGAGAGGGAAAGGAGUGACAAAGGAGGCUCAGGAUCUUUUUGAUGCCUUUAGCCGCACAAUGCCUGCACGCUGGGAUGACACGAGCAUCGUGGUGGCGGAUGCUGUGAUCAUUUCUAAGCCGUAUCGUGUGGAGGAUUGCCGCUCUUUGAUGACCGAGAAUGGUGGAGUUAGUGCGGCUUUGAUUAGAGUCCGAAAGGUGCUUGAGAUGGAACGGAAGAAGAUAGAAUUGCGUAAUGCUUUCCCUGAUUCUCCACAAACAGCCGAUCCCAACGCAAAUCGCCCCGGCGGCACGGCCGCUAACACUCGUGAUCGAGAUCUACGCGCUGCAGCUGUAGCAGUCCCAAGAAGCAAUGUUCGUUCGUCACCCGCGCCGGCUGGCAGCCAGCGAAAGGGUGGUUAAAGCGUAUAUGAUUUAUUUGGGCUUACGAUAAAGGGCGGCCCAAGGUACGGCUUACGGGAGCCAUGGCUACGAUCAUAGCUUGGAUCGUUUACACCAUCUUACACAUUAUGGAGCACUCGACAGUCAUGGGAGAACGCUGGUGUUUCGACUUGGAAUUCCUAUGGAUGAUGUCAGGGACAGUGGGAGGAAAGGACAGGAAUACGACAGCAUUGAGUAGGAAAUCAGGAGGCGAGCAAAGGCUGUUGAACUGUAUUUUAGCUUUUUACAAUCCCCAUAAGUGCCGUUUUGUUCAACGAUCAGUUCGACUUGGAUCACGCAACUUUUCUGUAAGGAGCUCAGCCCUCAUCCUGUCGGCCUCUGAUCACUUUGCUGGGUAUAUUUGGGAUUCCUCGGAAUCUCCCACAAAGUAGUACUGGACCUGUCAUCUGAGCUCCAGAAUCCACUGUCCUCCGGAACGACACAUACGAACGAAAAAGCGUUUCCUUUGGAGGUAGCUAUGGAGAAAAGUGCGCGCGGCCUUGUGAGAGGCAACGAACGAAUGUUGAAGUUAUAUUAGGGGUAUUCUUGGACAUACGUAUUAAUGUAUCUAUCUGCACCCGGAUAAUCCUACAUAGCUGUGCGCCCGAAUCAAAAUCUGGUAGCUACUCCGGCCAGGGUCUAUCACGAUGCUGCCGCAUAUCAAUAAUUAAUAGAUAUGACUA